AUGGCAUAUGAUCUACUCAUAAAGAAUGGGCGCGUGGUUGAUGGCUCUGGUGGACCCUCAUUCUACGCGGACGUGGCGGUAACAAAUGGCAAAAUCGUGGGGGUGGGCAAAUUCAGUGAGCCCGCCACUCACACUAUCAACGCCGAUGGUCGGGUAGUGGCCCCUGGGUUCAUCGACCAUCACACCCAUUUUGACUCCCAGUGCAUGUGGGAUCCCAUUGUCACUUCUACGUCGCUAAACGGUAGCACCUCGAUCAUCGUGGGUCAGUGCGGCGCUGUGAUCGCCCCGACACGACCGGGAGAUGGGGACUGGUACCUGGACAUGUUCGACAAGAUGGAGGGCAUCCCGCUGAGUGUGCAGCGGAAGGGGGUCGAUUUCGCCUGGGAAUCCAUUCCACAGUACCUUGAUGCCAUCGGCCGGCGGCGUGGCAUCAAUGUAGGCGCCUUCGUCGGCCAUUCCGGAGUCAGGCGCUACGUUAUGGGCGAGGCCGCCCAGACACGGGAAGCCACCCCGGAGGAAAUUGAGGCCAUGAGACGCCAGGUCCGCGAGGGGAUACUAGCUGGCGCUUUAGGGUUCAGCAUUGGCAACUUCGCCGACCAGGGGAUAGAGAAUUCGGGGUCAGCGUGCCAUCCUCAGUUGCCACCGAUGACGAGCGAUACGCAGUAG